UUUCCCCGCCCACCCGGCUUACUUCAGCACUCCCAUCCAUCCCAAAACCCGCUGAAACCCAACACACCCCCGAGACAUCCGAGAUCCGAUCGCAACGAUUCAGGCGCGAGCCGAGCCAUGAGGCGGUCACGAUGAACGAACCGAAUCCUGUACAAACCUACCGAUCACCCCAUCCACCGCACGUCACCCCCAACCACAAGCUCCCGCCUCCGACCUGCGUGAAGACCUGGUCUGUUGCCAGAGCUGUGGCUGCGGCGGUGGCGGCAGCGGCGGACGGGCAAUGCAGCAUUGCAGCUUUUUAUUCUCUCUAUUUUAAUCUUGCAGCUUUUUCAUCAUUCCUGUUUUUAUUUAUAACGACAAAACGAUCAUGCUUUCAUUUCUUUCCCUCAUGUGGGCUCGGCUUUGCAUAUACAGAAGAGCCUCGCUUCUCCUUUCUCAUGAACGCAACACAACCAAAGGGCAGGACUUGCAAAACAUUCGCACAGCACAGCAUGCACUCUCUCAGCCAGCCCCCUUUGCUCGCGUUGUUUUCUUCAUUUGCAGGCGCGCAUUGCAUUGCAUUGCUUUGGCAUGUAUGGGGCUUUGUUGAGGGAGGGGAUGGCAUUGUUUGAAGAAGCUUGUCUCCUCGGGGCUUGUGGCAUUUCUCUAUUCUUUUCUUCCUUC